GUAAAUUUGAUAUAUCUAUUAUAAUAAGAAAUACAGAUGGGAAAUCAGUAGAAAAUGUAUUAUUGGUAUUUCCACUUGCUCAAUCAGUAACAAAUGUUAAUGCUACAUGUAAUCUUGGUUCUUAUAUUUAUGAUCCUGUAACAAAGAGUAUAAAAUGGGAUUUGGGAAAAAUAGAAACCAAAGAUAGAACACCAAAUUUAUCAGGAAAUUUUAGUUGUCUUGAACAAACACCAGAAUCAGGAUAUACAAUUACACUUGAUUUUGUUAUAAAUAUGUUUGCUAUAUCAGGACUUAAAGUGGAUAGUUUGAAACUUUAUAAUGAAGGAUAUAAACCAUAUAAG